CUCUGGGCAUGGACAAUGGAUACUUUAAGUGUGCCAGUGAACGCUGUGUCCUACACUGUGGCAGCUGAACUCUCCACUACUGAUGAUCCCUUUACUGGACCCAUCAGGAACAUCGCGCCGUGGAACUUCACUAUCCUGGCCGUGCUCAUGUUUGUGGUCACCUCGCUGUCUCUGAGCGAAAAUUUCCUCGUCAUGUUUGUCACAUUCAAGUACAAACAACUCAGACAACCCCUGAACUAUAUUAUAGUUAAUCUGGCCAUCGCUGACUUUCUGGUCUCCCUCAUCGGUGGAGUAAUAAGUUUCCUGACAAACGCCAGGGGUUAUUUCUUCCUCGGGAAAUGGGCUUGUGUCCUGGAGGGGUUUGCUGUUACUUUUUUCGGGAUUGUGGCCCUGUGGUCCCUUGCUGUUCUGUCCUUCGAGCGAUUCUUUGUGAUCUGCCGACCUCUGGGGAACAUCCGACUGCAAGCCAAGCAUGCGAUCCUGGGUCUGCUGUUCGUCUGGACCUUCUCCUUGAUCUGGACCUUCCCUCCGGUGCUGGGCUGGAACAGAUACACUGUAAGCAAGAUCGGAACAACCUGUGAGCCUGACUGGUAUUCAACAAACAUGAUCGAUCACAGCUACAUCAUCACUUUCUUCACCACCUGUUUCAUUCUGCCCCUGGGAGUAAUAUUUUUCUGCUAUGGAAAGCUCCUUAGGAAGCUCAGAAAGGUAGCUCAUGGUCGUUUGGCCAGUGCCAGGAAGCCUGAGCGGCAGGUGACCCGUAUGGUGGUGGUGAUGAUUGUGGCAUUCAUGGUGUGCUGGACGCCAUACGCAGCCUUCUCCAUACUGGUCACAGCUCAUCCAACCAUCGAACUUGACCCCAGGCUGGUUUCCAUCCCUGCCUUCUUUUCCAAGACAGCUGCUGUCUACAACCCAAUCAUCUACGUCUUCAUGAACAAACAGUUCAGGAAGUGCCUAAUCCAGCUGUUCACCGGUAAGGGAUCCAUCCCAGACGGCAACCUGAACCAGACCUCAGAGCGACCUGGAAUUACUGCAGAGAGUCAUACAGGAGAAAUGUCAGCCAUUGCGGCCCGAAUCCCAGUGGGUGGCACUGCCUCGCCCAGGUCUGAUGAUUCUCCAACUGACUGUGGCUCGUUGGCCCAGCUGCCCAUCCCAGAGAACAAAGUGUGUCCAAUGUAA